CUUAGCUCUCCUUUCGGUUGCUUUUGGUAAGUUUCCUUCCUACAACCUGGUGCAUUAAUUUUCCGGGUUGGUAAAUUGAGAGGCAUCCAACGGGAACGAGUAAGUUAAUGCUUAUAAAAAUAGAAGAAUUCUGAGGCUAACCUCACAAAUUUUCUUCGCGUUUCUCAGUGAAGAAGAGUGUUUUCUUUGGCAGUAUUGUAUCGGGUUCUGUUACAGGUGAUUAAAGAUCAUCAUCAAGAAUGGUUAAUCCAACGGUGGAAUUUUUUGGAGGGAUCGGCCUUGGAGCACUGGUAGGACCGGGGGGUAAUUUACUCUGGGGAACGGUAGGGAAGGGUUUCAACUUUGAAACCUGGCGCACAAACCUCGACUCCAUGAUAAAUUCUUUACUGCCAUUGAUCAAAGAGAUGGAAGACCAGAAUAAGACGUUGGUUAUCGGAGAUGACGAAAUAGAAGAUCUCAAGCAAAAACUGACAGAGGGUGAAGAUCUCGUUGAGGAGUUAAAGAAGGUCAGUUCAUGGAGCUUGAUGACGCCUCUUCACACGAACCGGCUUGCUGAACUGGACAAGUCUAUUAGAAGACUGUUAGAGGUACUGAAGGUGCAGGGAAUAAGGGAUGUCAAGGGGAUUUCCCUGUUGGCAAAGGAUCACACCAAACAACUUAAGGCCUGCAAAACAGAUGUGGAGGGAACCUUGGUUUUGGCGAAGGAUCAGACUGAACAACUUAAGGCCUGCAGAAGGGAUGUCGAGGAGACUUUGGUUUUGGCAAGGGAUCACUCUGAUCAACUUACCGACUGCAAAAGCCAUGUCGAGGAUACUUUGGGUUUGGCAAGGAAGAUAGACGCCAAGCUCGACAAAUUUGAACGGAUUGGUCUGGUACAAGGUGACGAAGCUUAACAACUGCAAAAGCGAUGUCAAGGUGACCCUGGAUUUGGCAAGGAAACACACUGACCAACUUGACGACUGCAAAAGCGAUGUUAAGGAGAUGUCGGCUUGGACAAGUAAAACAACGCGAUCAAUCGACUUGAACGGCAGUGCAAGUUGACAAAGGUAACUAAGUAUUUAAGUUAAGGAUUGGUUCAUACUUUUAAUAAUUAAUUCUGGUUUUGGUGUUGAAUCUUGUAAAUGCGACAGUGGCGUCCUUCAUGGAACGUGCUGCCCUGGAAGCAGCAGUUGAAUCGCUGAGCGGUGCUGUUUAUAAAACGAUGCAGAACCGCACCUCAUCACUUGCUCGGAAAUCUUGGGAAAGGAUUUAUUAUCUAUCUAAAACAGCUCUCGGGGAAUGGUUUGCAAAGAAUCGGGCAGUUGAAGAAAAGGUAUGGGAUGGGAUCGCAUUUGAGGAACUAAAAGGGUUGAGAAUACAAAUAGAGAAGGGUGUAGAGCUGGCUAGGAAGUGGUGCAAUGUUCGUGUAUGGACCAGCGACAAAAAGGAUAAAUACACUACCAAGAUUCUUGAUUUGGACAAAUCUCUUCAAGCCCUUGCGGUGCGUUUGAAAAUUCCAUUAGAUGUUUCCAUCCAAACCAACCAUUUAGUGAGGCAUAUGUGAUUUAGAGCAAUUGAAGCAACGGUUAUUCGAUGUUGACUAUUGCUGUCACACUUUUUUUCCUUUAGGAAUCGUGGAGUGGUUACUUGCGAUGGCCAAACUACUUCCUAAGGGAAAAAAAAAGUUUCGAUUCGAAACCACGGCAGUAAUUGAAGCGAGUGAGCAUUACUGUCACACUUUUUUUUCCCCCUAGGAAUUGUGGAGUGGUUAGUUACUUGCGAUGGCCAAACUACUUCCUAAGGGAAAAAAAAAGUUUCGAUUCGAAACCACGGCAGUAAUUGAAGCGAGGGUUAUUCGCUGCUGAGCAUUACUGUCACACUUUUUUUUCCCCCUAGGAAUUGUGGAGUGGUUAGUUACUUGCGAGGGACAAAUUUCGUCCUGAGAAAAAAAGAGUCUCGGUUUAAAACCACGACCAUUAGGAAUUGUGCAGUGGUUACUUAUGAAGGCCAAACUCCGUCCUAAGGCAGACGAUUAAGAGUUGAUGCAAGAUAGUAUACUGUAUAUUGAUUUAUCUUUGAUCAUUCUAGAGUAUUGUAUUGGUGUCACACUUUUUGUACCCUUCAGGAAUUGUGGAGUGGUUAAUUGCGAGGGCCGAACUCCAUCUUAAAGGCAAAUAAGUUUACUUUCAA